GUGCUGCUCUUCGCCCUCUGCAAGUACCGGCUGCUGCCCGAGCGGGCGGCGCGCCGCUUCUUGCCCUCCGUCCUCUGGGUCCUCAUCUUGGCCCAGAUCUUCUGCUACCUGGGCCUCAACUUCUCCCGCUCGCCCGAGGCCAGCGACACGGUGGGCUGGCAGGCUUUCUUCGUCUUCUCCUUCUUCAUCACCCUGCCGCUGCGCCUGGCGCCCAUCGUGCUCAUCACCGCCGUCUCCUGCGGCAUCCACACGCUGGUGCUCGGCGUCACCGUGGCCCAGCAGCGCCAGGACGCCCUGGACGAGGGCGCGCUGCUCAGACAGCUCCUGUCCAACGUGGCAAUCUACCUGUGCGCCAUCACAGUGGGCACCAUGUCCUACUACAUGGCCGACCGCAAGCACCGCAAGGCCUUCCUCGAAGCGCGGCAGUCCCUGGAGGUCAAGCUCAACCUGGAGGAGCAGAGCCAGCAGCAGGAGCGGCUGAUGCUCUCCAUCCUGCCCAAGCACGUGGCGGAUGAGAUGCUGAAGGACAUGAAGAAGGACCCGAGCCAGAAGGAGAUGCAGCAGUUCAACACCAUGUACAUGUACCGCCACGAGAACGUCAGCAUCCUCUUCGCGGACAUCGUGGGCUUCACGCAGCUCUCCUCGUCCUGCAGCGCCCAGGAGCUGGUGAAGCUCCUCAAUGAGCUCUUCGCCCGCUUCGACAAGCUGGCAGCCAAAUACCACCAGCUGCGCAUCAAGAUCCUGGGCGACUGCUACUACUGCAUCUGCGGGCUGCCCGACUACCGGGAGGACCACGCCGUCUGCUCCAUCAUGAUGGGGCUCGCCAUGGUGGAGGCCAUUUCCUACGUGCGGGAGAAGACCAAGACGGCGGUGGACAUGCGCGUGGGGGUGCACAGCGGGACGGUGCUGGGCGGCGUGCUGGGCCAGAAGCGCUGGCAGUACGACGUGUGGUCCACCGACGUCACCGUGGCCAACAAGAUGGAGGCAGGAGGCAUCCCGGGGCGCGUGCACAUCUCGCAGAGCACCAUGGACUGCUUGAAGGGCGAGUUCGAGGUGGAGCCGGGCGAGGGGGGCUCCCGCUGCGAGUACCUGAAGGAGAAGGGCAUCGUCACCUACCUCAUCGUGGUGCCCAAGCAGCCCCUGCGCAACGGCAUCAACGGCGUGAAGCUGUCCCUGACCUCGUCCCACGGUGGCUCCCCGCUGCUCGUCAACACCAAGGAGCGCAACGGCAGCGUCAGCGUGGCCUGCGCCAGCCCCGACGAGUCCGAAGAGCCCGACGCCAGGGCGAGGGGCACCCUGGAGAGCGCGGAGGAGGAUGGAGAGGCGGUGAACCCUUCCUUCCCCAACCCGCGGCGCCGGCUGCGGCUGCGGGACCUGGCCGAGCGGGUGAUCGACGCGUCGCAGAACGAGCAGGAGCUCAACAAGCUGCUCAACGAGGCCCUGCUGGAGCGCGAAUCGGUCCAGGCGUUGAAGGGGAAGAGCACCUUCCGGCUCUCCAUGCGCUUCAUCGACCCCGAGAUGGAGACGCGUUACUCGGUGGAGAAGGAGAAGCAGAGCGGGGCCGCCUUCAGCUGCUCCUGCGUCGUCCUCUUCUUCACCGCCUUGGUGGAGGUCUUCAUUGACCCCUGGUUGGUGGCCAACUACGUGACCUUCGUGGUGGGGGAGAUCCUGCUGCUCAUCCUUACCCUCUGCUCGCUGGCAGCCAUCUUCCCCCGGGUCUUCCCCAAAAAGCUCGUGGCCUUCUCCACCUGGAUUGACAGGACUCGCUGGGCACGCAACACCUGGGCCAUGGCUGCCAUCGUCAUCGUCACCAUGGCCGACAUCGUGGACAUGCUCAGCUGCUGGCAGGACUACGGAGGGAUGGGCAACGGGACAGCGGUGCCGCCGCGGCCGGGCGGCUGCGGGGAGCAGCCCAAGUACUACAGCUACAUCGCCCUGCUGGCCCUGGUGGCCACCAUCAUGCUGGUGCAGGUCAGCCACAUGGUCAAGCUGACCCUCAUGGUGCUGAUCACCGGGGCGGCCGGCACCGUCAACAUCUACGCCUGGGAGCACAUCUUCGACCAGUACGACCGCCGACGGGGCCAGCAAAGCGCCAGGUCCUCGCUGGUCCCCUCCAAGUACUCGAUGACGGCCAUGAUCUUCAUCGUGAUGCUCAGCUUCUACUACUUCUCUCGCCACGUGGAGAAGCUGGCCAGGACCCUCUUCCUCUGGAAGAUCGACGUCCAUGACCAGAAAGAGCGGGUCUACGAGAUGCGGCGCUGGAACGAGGCCCUGGUCACCAACAUGCUGCCCGAGCACGUGGCCCGGCACUUCCUGGGCUCCAAGAAGCGCGACGAGGAGCUGUACAGCCAGUCCUACGACGAGAUCGGCGUCAUGUUCGCCUCCCUCCCCAACUUCGCUGACUUCUACACGGAGGAGAGCAUCAACAACGGGGGCAUCGAGUGCCUGCGGUUCCUCAACGAGAUCAUCUCCGACUUCGACGCGCUCCUGGACGAGCCCCAGUUCCGCUGCAUCACCAAAAUCAAAACCAUCGGCAGCACCUACAUGGCCGCUUCCGGAGUGACCCCCGACGCCAACGCCAACGGCUACGGCACCAAGAAGGAGACCCUCUCGGAUAAGGAGCGCUGGCAGCACUUGGCCGACCUGGCCGACUUCGCCUUAGCCAUGAAGGUGACGCUGAUGAACAUCAACUACCAGUCCUUCAACAACUUCAUGCUCCGCAUAGGCAUGAACAAGGGGGCCGUGCUGGCCGGCGUCAUCGGCGCCCGCAAGCCGCACUACGACAUCUGGGGCAACACGGUGAACGUGGCCAGCAGGAUGGAGUCCACCGGCGUGAUGGGGAACAUCCAGGUGGUGGAGGAGACCCACCUCAUCCUGAAGGAGUACGGCUUCCGCUUCGUGCGCCGCGGGGCCAUCUACGUCAAGGGCAAAGGGGAGCUGCUCACCUUCUUCCUCAAGGGCCGGGAGAAGCAAGGCUCCUUCGUCAACGGGUCGUCUGUCACCCUGCCCCAUCAGGUGGUGGACAGCUCGUGAGGGCCUGGCGCCCACCAGCCAGCACAGCCACC